AUGUCUUCCACUAUUGCUGCGUCGCAGAAUAAAUUGAAUGACCUGCUGGAAGCGAUCAGGCAAGAGUUUGCGUCGGUCUCUCAGGAGGCAAACUCGUACCGUUUGCAGAACCAGAAAGAUUAUGACUACAAGAUAAACCAACACCUCGCAGAGAUGCAGCAGAUUAGAAACACAGUUUACGAAUUGGAGUUGUCACACAGAAAGAUGAAGGACACUUACCAGGAGGAGAUAAAUAGAUUGAAAGUGGAGCUUUCUCAAAGAGACCACCAGAUCGCCUCGAUGUCCCAGCAACAGCAGCAAGUGCAGCAGCAGAUACAGCAGCAGGUGCAGUCCGGACAGCCGCAGGUCUUGGCCAUAGGAGCAGCCCCGCAACAGGAACAACCGUCCGCUGCAGCUGCUGCCGCUUCCGUGGGGCAGACACCCCCAAUAAUCCCCCAGGGCAACGGCCCAACGUUGAACCCGCUGAUUAGUGCCCUGGGUAACCAGUUGAAGGGUCCAGUGGCUACUCCGCCUGCCCAGGAGGACGAGAAGAAAAUUGCCUCUUUACCUCCCACCGUACAGACGAAGAGUCCAAAGGUGCCCUCCGCACAGACGGCCGCCACAAAGAAGGCACACCCAGAAGCUGAACCCCAAUCUCAAGCUCAAUCUGCCGCGGCAACCGAAGAUAACCAGGCUCCCGCUGCCACAUCUGCAGCCACUAAGCAAGAUAAUGUGGCUACACAGGAUGCGACUGCGAACGCCCAAUUUUCCGGGAACGAAAACGAUUUGGUGCAUUACGAUCAACGUGCGUCCCAAAUGAAACCCAUCCCACCAUUUCUGUUAGACUUGGACUACAAACAGGUUCCCGAGAACUUGAGGAAGAAGACCGAGGAGUACGAUGUUUUGUACAACCCUGCCUUGCCCCGCACACUAGAGGUCGAGUUGCAUAAAUCCUUGGAACACACAUCGGUUGUCUGCUGCGUCAAAUUCUCCAACGACGGACAGUAUUUGGCAACAGGGUGUAACAAAACAACUCAGGUGUUCCGUGUGUCCGACGGAGAAUUAGUAGCUAGACUCUCGGACGACAAUGCACCAUCCAUCCAGAAUGGUGGUAACGGUUCUGACAGCGGAUCGACAGACUUGUACAUCCGUUCCGUGUGUUUCUCACCAGACGGGAAGUUUUUGGCCACAGGUGCGGAGGACAGACUGAUCAGGAUUUGGGAUUUAGCCCAACAGAAGAUCGUCAUGGUCUUACAAGGCCACGAUCAGGACGUCUACUCCUUGGACUACUUCCCCUCAGGUGACAAGCUUGUGUCGGGCUCCGGGGACAGAACCGUUAGAAUCUGGGAUUUGAAAACGGGUCAGUGCUCUCUGACAUUGUCUAUCGAGGACGGUGUCACCACAGUUGCUGUUUCACCAGGAGAUGGGAAGUACAUUGCCGCCGGUUCUCUAGAUCGUGCCGUUCGCGUCUGGGACUCGGAGACCGGGUUCCUGGUGGAGAGACUGGAUUCUGAAAACGAACUCGGCACAGGCCACAGGGAUUCCGUGUACAGUGUUGUGUUCACCAGAGACGGCAACAAAGUGGUCUCCAGUUCUUUGGACAGAUCCGUCAAGCUGUGGAACUUGCGUGGGUACAAUGAAAAGGAGAACGCCGCCGACAAUAACAAAUCGCAAAGUUCUGUGGUCUGUGAAGUCACGUAUAUCGGACACAAAGAUUUCGUUCUGUCGGUGACCACCACUGCAAACGACGAAUUUGUGCUAUCGGGCUCGAAAGACCGUGGCGUCCUGUUCUGGGAUACAAACACGGGGAACCCAUUGCUAAUGCUACAGGGUCAUAGAAACUCCGUGAUCUCUGUUGCGGUCGCCAAUGGUCACCCACUGGGCCCCGAGUACCAGGUGUUUGCAACUGGUAGUGGUGACUGUAGGGCAAGAAUCUGGAAGUUUUCGAAAUUGGACUCCGCCUCUAAAGUCAAGGAAAUUCAAGGUUGA